AAACAAAUCAUAUCAAGAAUAACGUACCCACAAAUAUUUCUUAGCAUACACACACAAAUGGAAAUGGAGUCCUACUCUAUCUUGCAAUUCUCAAACCCUUCUCAAUUCUCACCUGAAUCCUCCUUCGGUAAUUCGUCGCUGGAUUCUUUCUCAUGGGACGACGCUUUACUCGACACUUUCAACAACGAUAUGUUGAACUUUCCACCGUUUAACACAAAUGAUCAGCCCCAGGAUGUGUUGCUGCUCGAUGCUGUGGCUAAAGAACCAGCAAUGGUGGAAGAAGAGACGAACUGGUUCGGUGGAGCUGUAAAGGAAGAGGAGGUCACUUCCGAUUCGAUUACCUUCGAAGGGUUCGAAGAGAAACCCCGAAAAGAGAAGUCGUACAGAGGCGUCAGGAGGAGGCCUUGGGGGAAAUACGCAGCUGAAAUAAGGGACUCGACGAGGCAUGGCGUCAGGGUUUGGCUUGGAACGUUCGACAGUCCCGAGGCAGCUGCUUUGGCUUAUGACCAAGCUGCAUUUGCACUGAGAGGUCCUUUGGCUGUGCUCAAUUUUCCGGUUGAAGUUGUGAGGGAGUCACUUCAAGAAAUCAAGUGUAAAUACGACGUGGGGUGCUCGCCGGUGGUGGCACUCAAGAGGAGGCACUCGAUGAGAAGGAAGUCUGCGUGCAAAAAGAAUAGUAAUAACAAAGAGCAAGAAAAAGGCAAGAGCUCCAUUUCUUUCAAUAUAGCAAAGAAGAGAACAACACAAGAGAACAUCACAGCAGAAUCGAAUGUGGUGGUAUUAGAGGAUUUGGGUGCUGAAUACUUGGAGGAACUAUUGUACCAAAGCUCAUGUGAAAGUGCUAGUUUUUCUUGCUAAUUUUUUUGUUUAGGUAACUAGCUACCACUUCUUUUUCACUUUUUGGUUGAUUUGACCUUGUUCUUUUAUCUCUUUUUUUUUUCCGACAUUUUGGAUCAAGAUCCUAGUUAAGAUCCGAGGGCGUCAUCUAGGGCCUACUAAAUUCUAUUACUUAAUCGCGCCUUAUUCCUCUUUGUAAAGUUGAAAAUGAUGGAAUGUAAUUAAACAUAUGCAUCACUUCUCUUCUUUGCCUCUCG